AUGAGCAGGCCUCCAGCAACAUCACGCAAGGUCAGGCUACUGGCGCUGUUCUUGGUGAGUCUGCGAGCAACGCAGACGGCGCGGGCUUUGCUUGGAGCGGGGGCCGUGCCGUUUCCAAGGUCGGUUCCUCCGGGAAUAUGGGCACACAACUUGCUCGCACGCAGGGCCAAGGCUGAUGGCACUUUGGAUGGUGGUGAGGCCGAAGACAAGGAAGACAUCAAGGCCGCCAAAGAAAAGGAUGACGUGGAAGAGGCCAAAGCAGGCUUCGAUCAGGGUUCGCGAAUCAAGGCAGUGGAUGAGGCUGCCUCAGCACAGACUGCUGACCCGGUCGAGGAUGCCAAGCAGGAUCUGGAUGCAGCAAAACGGCAGCGAAAUGUGGCCCUCAGAGGGCUGGAAAGGGCAGAAGCCCUGGCCGAAUACCUGCAGAAGCAGCUGCUGGAAUUGGAAGACAGCAGCAGCGAGAAGGCCAAGCAGGCCAAGAAGGAGCUCAAGGAGGCCGAAACGAAGCUCAAGGAGGCCGAAACGAAACUAGAGAAGGCCAAGAAGGAGCUCUCGGAGGCCGAGCAGAAGUACGAGGCCAAAGCAAGCGUCCAGGCAGGACGAGUGCAGGCGAUCAAAGCGGUGAGCGGGAAAGACUUGCAAAAUUUGAGGAGCAUCAGCGGGCCGAACGUGACGAUUGAGGAUUGGAUGGUUGGACUAGGGAGGUGCGGCGAGGAAUGUCUGAAAGACAUUCAAACCAAUGCACCGAAGUCAGACUGCCAUGUCGAUCGCGUGCCGCCGCUCAUGCUGUCACGGUGCAUGCGUGGCGGCAAGACCACUUUCUUGGCGUAUCUGUUCAAAUUGGUGAAAGCAGAGUCCGGAUACCUUCCAAUUUUCAUAAGUUUCAACGGAAUAUCUGGGAUCCAGCGAAAGAAAGGCGAAAGCCGGUUGCAGACAAUUCUGCGAGCCAUCGCAGUCACUUUGCUGUCAGCUACUCCCACUGACACUCAGAGCGUUUCUUGUGACGAGGACACAUUAAGUGAUCAUCUCGACAGACAAAACGGCAUCAUUGUACUGAUGAUUGACGAGCUCAACCUCCUGGUGCCAAAAGGAACAAGAGACGACGAAGUGGCAUCGUUUCUCCGAAAGGUCUUCCUAAUUCGAGAAAACAGAUACCUCGUGUUUACCACCCACGAGCCGUUUGAUGGAUCUCAAAUUACAGAAUACAUAGGAGGCUACUCACCAAGGGGUGUGAUAGCAAGAGACCUGCCUCGGUCCGUAAAUCUGACAGAACAGCGUGGCAUUCCUGAAUGCAGGGCGCUCUCUGCAGGUAACUUGAUUUUUUUUUCAGGUAUUCCUUCCUUGCUCCGCAGUUGGAAGCAGCAGUACAACUUCCAAGCCAGGUUCCAACAGCUCACGAAGCCGGACACGACUCCAGACCUCUUGUUGCAAAGCUUCGUGCGAGAGUUUCUGAAGGGAGAAAGACUGCAGGGUGAUGCUAUACGUGCCUUUGAUUGCCUCACCGCGACGUCGGACCAGGGCGAAGUGCGAUGGAUUUUGUGCUAUGCGGCACAGAUGUGCUCGUAUCUGAAUCAGCGUCAGCUUGCAGAUUGGAUCAACAGGCUUCAGAUUGAUGCAUCCGACCCUCUAUCUGGCAAAGGCUGGGAAGUGCUAGUUGUAUUGGCCGCGGCAUUCCGCUGCUUAGACGCAAUGGCCUGUGGUGAUGCGGGACAUCCUCUGCUUGGCCUUCCCCCUAAUCCAAGCAUCAAAGCAUGCUAUUUCUUGGAUGUGCCCUCCGAAGUCUCAACGCUUGACGCAGCGCUGGAGUGGUGGGCAGGGCAAGACAUUCCUCCGACCUUCCCCUUAGUUGCAGUCCUGAAUCCACUAUGCUCAACAUUUGAGGUCUUCGAUUGCAUCCUCCUUUAUCAGAGAGAGGAACUUGGUGUGCGGCAUGUCCGAGGUUUCCAACAAAAAGCCGGGAACACCUACCCCGGCGAAGCUGACCGCCAAGACAAGGUAGACUGUGUGUGGAUGCAAGGCAAGGCCGCAGAGCAUAGGCGCAGCGAACAAGCCAAAGGUUGGACCUUGCCCAGUUCGGGCGAAAUUCGUGCAUUCCUGGGCGCAGCUUUGCGGGAUCUCUUUCCGAAAGAACUUGACACAUGA